ACGGCCACACUGGCUGCCAGAUUACGCGACCAAGAAAAGGUCUGCGUAUCCCCCCAUUGAAUUUCCACGAUUUCUUGAGAGGAAUCUAACAAACAAACAAAAGAUGCACAAGGUGAUCCGGCAGAUGACGCAGCUGCGUUUGCAGCCGCUGCAAGGAGCGGCGCUGCUCAAAACAGGAGAUACCCCAGCGCCUAUGCUAAGCCAGCUAUCGUCGCCACCUGCUUUCAAUCAGAAAUCUAUUCACACGGGAGCUGCGGGCGGAAUUCUGUGUGCCAAAUGGAACAAACACAAUUACGGGCCGCGAAAGUGGCUGGAAUACAACAAAACAGUGCAUCCGCCGCAGGAAACAGACGAGGAGCCACGCAAAGCUUACGUCUGCCAUAUGCGCUCCAAUAUUAAAUACAGUCCGGACAAAAUGUGGUACAUCGCAGCCUUCGUCCGGGGUAUGUCCGUUGAUGAAGCCUUGAAGCAACUGAAUUUUGUGCUCAAAAAGGGGGCGACCGACGUAAAGGAGACUAUACUGGAGGCCCAGGAAAUGGCUGUGCAGCGUCACAAUGUUGAAUACAAAAGCAAUCUGUGGAUAGCCGAGUCCUUUGUGGGCAAGGGACGCGUCUUUAAGGGUAUGCGGCGACAUGCCCGUGGUCGGUUUGGUCACGUGGAGUACAAGCACUGUCACUACUUUGUGAGACUGGAGGAGGGCGAGCCGCCAAAGCACUACUACCAAGAGCCACAGACACCGGAGCAGCAAUACGAACACUGGCUGGAGCAAAUGCGCAGUCGGAAGAUCAUCAACUCGCUUUAGUUCCAUUUGCUCC